UUGAAUUCAAAAAUAAUGCAUUUAUUUUUACUAGGCCGAAAACAGAAGGUUUAUGGUUUAUGAAAAAAUCCAAGUAUUUUUUCACUUCUCAUUAUCAAAUUGUAAAUACAAAACCCUGUGGAAAAGGAAUUCAAACCAUCAUUAACCAAUUUGUUUACCGGAAAUUCUAUACAAUGUUAUACACAGGAUCUAUGCCGAAUAUAUUUGGACUAACAGUUCCUCUGAAUUCUUCUACUUACAGAAUGUACUUUAUUUUUGCAACAGUCUCUGAUAUUGUUUUACUAAAACAACCUAUAUUUAUUUUAUAAGAUUUUAUCUUCCUAGAUGUAAUAUGAAUGUAUACUUUUCUCACACACUACUUACUUACCAUAAAAACUUUUUAACCCACACUUUAAUGCAAUUUUGCUCAUCAAAUGCCAAACUUUGCUCACACAACAAACUCUAAACUAUUUCUCGAAAAUCUAUGUAUAUGUUUGAACAACAACAAUAACAAAAAUAAAAACAACAGGAGCAGCGACAACAUCUACAGUGAAGUCRGAGGAAAAUCGAGGGGAAAUGAAUGUGUCCAGCGCUCUGACAUCAACUGAGCCAGAGACGUCAAAGUAUUCAUGGUCACGUUACCUGAACAUGUCUACRCAGACGCCACCCUCGCGCCGCCAUCAACGACCCAGCAUGCAAGUGGAUAGCGCCGAAGAUGGCGAUGAUGAUGACGACGACGACGAUGAUGAGGAUAAUAACGUAGACGUUGACAGCGAUGGCAAGGAUAAUGAAAAUGACAAUUUGAUUGAGUCCGAUGAAGAAGGCGAGGCCACCACACAUUUCGUUGGCAGUGCUGGUUGCAGUAGUGGUAGCGUUGGUGCCGAUGCUUAUAAGCCACACGCCUCUACGUCGGACGCAGCUAAAGCUCGUGAUCGRCAUGCAGAUCGGGUAGCCAAGCUUUCAUCGAUUUGAGAAUUUCCGCCAAACCGAUUAGCGCUUUACAGCGAGUCAUACAUACGCAGGCGAAAGUACACGGUGUAUGCCCAGAUGCUUUGGUUUGUAGGCUUAGAAAUAUUAGAUGUAAUUUCUUUUCAAUGUACAGGUGAGAAUCGUAGCUUUACCGUCAGCAUAUUCUAUAAAUGCAAUUCGUGUACAUCCCAGGUAGCUGCCAAAUAGUUUUUGUAUGUAUUAGAGUAAGGUACCACAGAAGCCAAUCACGCACAUAACCGCACACAUACAUACCCUUUGAUUCAUAAAAAUUGUUGCGAAAUAUUGAACAUUCCACGGAUUUUUCUCUCGCUAGAUUACUACUUAGUUCAAUUUCAGGAUGAAUUCAAUCGCAUAUGGGAACCCUAGCAAUAUGAAUUCACGUCGAUUAAAAUGCUGUUUCUUGCUGUCCAGUUAUGGUGCGAAAAUGUUUUUGAAUAUUAGAAGAGCGGACUAGAGAUUUGAACUCAUAUUUGUUAGAAAGAUUUCUGGACUUUUCAGUCUCAGAUUGCCCACAGCAUCUAUAAUGGUCCUACAACCAGUCUGCCUGUAAAAAUUUGAAUUUACUUCAAGCAUACGAGGUAUGUUCAAAAAGU